AUGCAGGCCACGCCGCUGCAGCAGGGGCUCCCGAGGCUGCACACGGCUGCUCGGAACGGAUGCUUGAGGGAACUAAACGCCCUGCUCGACGCGGGCGAGGACCCCGAACAGCCUGAUCACGCCGGCCGAACACCCAUGGUCCACGCGGCCGUGGGCUCCUCUGUCCCGAGCGCGAUGCUACUCCUCCGGCGUGGCGCCAGGCCCGACCCUCUGCCCGGUAGUCCGGACCGGCCGUUCGUGUCCGCGCUCAUGGUCGCCGUAAGCUCGGGCUACGAAGAGAUCGCCCGGGUGCUGAUAGAGGCCGGCGCGGACGUCAACCUCGAGAUGAAGGGGCCGAAUUUCGGCGCCGGCGCCGAUGUCGAGGCCGUCAACCCGAACGGGAGGACUCCCCUGCACCUCGCGGCAGCGGAGGGGAACUGUUCCGCCGCCCGGCUUCUCCUCGAGGCGGGCGCGCGGCCGGCGCCGCCGUGCCGAUACGACGGUUCGACGCCGCUUCACUGCGCCGCCGAGAGAGGACACUACGAGAUUGCCGAGCUUCUCGUGAAGGCCGGGGCGCCAGCGGGCUCCGUCAAGCCCAACGGCACCACUCCCCUGCACAUGGCCGCGCAGGGGAACAACUCCUGCGUGCUCCGGCUCUUGGUGCGCGCGGGGGCACCGCUGAACCCCGAGAACCGUCACGGGUCCACCCCGCUCAUGACGGCGGCGGCGCACGGCAACGCGAGGGCCUUGAGCGCACUGGUUUCGGCGGGCGCGGACACCUCGAAGCGCAACGUGAUGGGCUGGCGGGCGCUGGAGAGUGUCUACCUCGCCCGGACCCCAGGAGACCGGCCUUUCACUGCUGCUGCUGUUGAUUGUGACAACGAGUGGGAACAAGAGGCUAUGAGCGAGGAGGAACUGGAGCAGAGGCACCUGCAGAAUAUCGCGUUCUUGCUGUACCGGGCUCCCGGGUCGGGUGCGAGGGCGAGGUCCUGGCGCUGGCCCAGGAGGAGCGGCGGCGGCAUGGGGGUUUCCGCUCUCAACAAGCGGCAGCAGCAGCAGCAGCAGCAGCAAGAGAAGCAUGAGAAGCAAGAGAAGCAGCAGAAGCAGAAAGGGACGCGGGCGCCGGCGUGGACUGAAAACAGUCGUGGUGCUGCUGCUGCGGCGGCAAAGGCGGGAGUGAGAGGCUUGGCGUGCCGGGCGGAAUGGAAGCGUCACGGGAGCGGCGGGCAGAGGUCGAGGACUGUGACGGCGACCAUGUUGAGGCGAGGUUAACCGAAAGGGGGCGAGAAGUCGGUUUUUGAUUCUGCUGGCUGGCGUCGGCGGGCAGGGUGUCCUUCCUGUAGUCAGUGUCCUCGCACCUUUUCCUUACCUUGCACGCCAGGCUUGAUGUCUCGCAGAAACGGAGACGUGCACUAUCGGGACGACUGAAAAUGAUUUUUGACGAGGAGCUGAUGAGAUGUCAGCAACGCCUGCCCAAGGUUUGGAGGUUUUCUUUAUUGAGGCACACAUUUUGAUCCAACUGAAUGGACAAGCCACGUGCGCUCCACAAAUUCCGGCGAAUGACGCGCUCGAAUCGCUUCGCUUCCCAGCCGGCUCUAUUGUAGUCUGACCUGUUGCGAAUUUCCGAUAUUUUCCACAGCACUACCAAGGAAGACGUCGCGGUCGCGUCUGUAUUUUCACCUCAAGUACAUCGUCGCCGAUUGUACCGUCAUGCCUACCCCCCCCCUCCUCCCUCUUCCUUUGCUCCGUGUGCUGAUGGUCUGUACAAUGUAAUUAUCGAGUUUUGUUUUUUUUUGACCGUCAUGACGUUUCCUGAACACAUUUCUGAGCAGUUUUUGCUUGUUUUCUGUUGGCCGAUGAUUACACCGAAAAACCACUCCUCUACAUCAAGGAAAUUGUGGACGUGAUGGUUUGGGGUCGGCACUGUCGUCCAUGUGCAGACGUCAACAACAAUGGGAUGAUCAAACAUCAAGAGCACAAAACAUUAAGGACUAUCCCCGCUCUGCCUCCGUCCACGCAGGUUCGCCGGGAAAGACUGAUGUUGCAUGUCGUGGAGUGCUUUUGGAGCGGCUGUUUCGACUCGCCCGAAAAAUUCGGCUGGCGGCGGCGGGCGGAAGUGUUUGUGUUUGUGGCGGGAGGGGACCACAACACCCUAGUAAUGGGUGCUCUCUUCAUGCACACCACGCCAUCCUUCUUUCGAGAGAGUAGCCCGGUCGGUGCAAGUGGGCCGUACAGUGACGUGAAAAAUG